AUGUUUUCACCAACCACUGGUAAGCUUGUUGAUGCACAGGAAUCGAUCUCCAAAGAGGAUCUCGAAGAUGAGUUGGAACUUCAUCAUGUCGAAGCGAGUGUGGAACAGAUCUCUCCCACCGUUUUCGACCUCGAAUCUUCCAAAGUUCCACCGGCCUCUUUGACCGUUGGAGAAGUGUGUGGAGUCCGAGAUUCAAAACCUGAACAGACGCAGAGCUGUGUGACCGUGUGGCUGUCGGGGCCAGAAAUGGGAUUGGAGGAAGCCCAUCAGCUGCAGGGAACGUUGGGUCAGCUGAAGCAGUUGACCAAGUUUGCCAGCUUUCAAGGUGCCAUUACCUCCAACGGACUGGUCGGCCUUCGUUUUGGGGACAUGGAGGAGGCCACAAAGUAUAUGUCCUCAAGAAAUGGAAAGCUAAGUGCCACCCUUCCGACGUGGACUGAUGCCAAAGCCUUCACGCUGGGCUUUGAAAAGGUGGUGGCACCUACUGCAGGUUCAGGUCAUUGUGGUCAUUGCCCUGUGCCAACGGCUACCAUGACAGGACCUCAUGGACUUCCAAAACCUGCCAUGACAGGACUCUUGUCUCAUUUGCAUCAUCUGACCCAAAGGAGGGCCACAGUUGAGGCACCCAAUGCGCUGCGCAUUUGGGACGUUCUUGGGACAUUUGAGGAUGUGGAAGUGCGGCCGCAGCAAGACAUGCAAAUGAUUUAUGAGAAGCUGCGAAAGGAACGCCCUGGCAGCAUUUUGGUCAAACUCCCUGAGGCACAAGAGGCGGUGUUGCCAAGUGAUCCAAUGCCGGUGGGCGAAGUGUUGCUGAUACCUCCAAUGUCACUUCCCUUGGCAUUGCCCACGGAAUUCCAAGUGCCAGUAGGCAGUGCUGGUGAAAGAGACAUUGACUUUGCACUGAUGCGAGAAAUCUUGUGCGAGAUGCUUGGGGACUACAAGUGUGUCAAGAAGGAUUCUGCUGAGUCUUCGGUUCUUACUUUCAGGCAUGUCAGAGAAAAGUGGAGUCGCAACAAGUUGGUGGUGGUGAAGUCUGCUAUGUCGUACUUGAAUGAUGUGAUUCGGCACAGGAAGGUUGCCUUUUUGAGCAUCGUGGGCAAGCCCCGGGAAGGAAAGAGCACGUUGCUGGAACUCAUCAGGAGGCUCUUUGCCGGGCAGGAUGGUUUGCCUCUGUUCAGGUGUUCAAAUUCAUGGGAGAAGGCCUGCACUGCGGGCCUUUGGGUCUCCACCCAAGCUUUGCCGACAAGACCUGGAGACCAACGUGAUGAUUCUGAUGCCUCCGUCAUGCUAAUGUUGGACACUGAGGGCCUUUUUGCGGAUGAGGGCAUCACACCAGACUACUUUGUCCGCCUUUUCACCAUGGUUGGAGUGUUGUCUUCCGUCAUGAUCCUGAACAACAAGAUUUCCAACACUGUCGCUGAGGAGUUCAAGGCCCCCUUGAUUCGUUUGGCCAUGCUGUACAAGGGAUUCUUCGAACAGAAUCCAUGGUUCCGAGACCACAGGCCACGGGUCUUGUACUUAGCAAGGGACUGGAACGAGGACCAGGACCUUAUCAAAGAUACGGAUGCAUGGAAUGAUGCUGAAGAGCGUUGUGGCGAAGAUGGACCCUUGCGCGAUGCAAUGAACUUUGUCAAAGAAGCCUUUGGAGUAGUGAAUCAUGGCCGAAUGGUGGUCGACCAUAAUCCCAAGCUAAGGAAGUUUGGCACUCUACCUGCUCCAAUCGCUGAGCUUGACAAGAAGGACAUCAUUUCCAAGACCCUCGACCCCAGAUUCAAGCGAAAACUUGCAGAUAUCAUGGAAAGGAUCGUGAAGCAAUGGCUGACACCAAAGAGUCUUGCCAAUGCCAAUGGAUCCACAUGCUACAUCACCGGUUCGGAUCCUUUGUUUGAACUCCUGCACAGCACAGUUGAAGCUCCAACCACUGAGAUUGCUUGGGAUUGGCAAGGCACUUUGCAGCGUUUCAGGGAGAAGGCCACCUUGGAAAAGCUUGAGGCUGAAGUCAUUCUUCUGGCUGGCCAGUACUGGAAGGCGCAGGGAGGUCGCUCCAUGGGUUUGACCGUCGAGGCACGUGACGUGGCCGGGGAGCAGCGGGUGCUGAAGCUGGUCCUGAAGAACGCCCAGGAGGCUGGCCUGGCUGUUUCUACAUCGAGCACUUCGACCGUCGAAGUGUUUGGUCCUCCGAUCCAGUUGGAGACCUUUGUCAGUCGCUAUCUGCGCGAAGACUCACUGAAGAUAAAGAUUUCAUUUGAUGCUCUGAUGCAAAGCAUUGAGAAUGAACAGCGAUCUAUCCAUGAGGAGGCAACGAAGGAGUUUGCGUCGCUGGGCUAUUGUCCUGAUAUGGCUGAUUUGGUGCAAAGUCAAUGCAGGAAGCACUUUGGCCAGAUCUUGGCGCUGGCAAACAGUUUGUCUCAGCUCUGCGGGGAGCGAGAGCUAAACUUUGCCAUGAAACGGGUCGAAUCUCAGAUAAGUGCUGCUGCCUCCGCAGAGCAGGUGUCAGAGAUUCAAAUGAGCUUCGAGAGGGAGACCUGUGCUGCAUUGAAGGACUUUGGCUCUGACAAGAUUGCUCUCGCCUUGGAUGAAGUGGCGAAACGUGCUCAAGCAACUGCAGCACGUCCCAGGCAACUCGCAGAGCAGAAGGCACAGUACUUUGCCCUGCGCAAACUAGAAAUCAACCACGUGAAUGCUGAAUCUCUGGAGGAGGCGUUUGGGAAAAUAGAUGCCGAGAAGUUGUUUGCUGCGCAGUUUCGGCCUGAAGAUUUGGUCUUUGUGGAGACGCUUGUGCUUGAGGCGCUAAAGCAGCCAACAGAGCCUGUGCUGUGUAAAUAUCAAGAUGCUCGGGCGUUGGCAAAGGAGCAGCUCGAUCUAGUGGAUCAGGUUCUUUUUGCUGAAAAGUGCAGGAGACUUCACAUUGAACUGUGCCAGCUGCUGGCUCCUGUCUGCCACGAUAGCAAGCUGCUUUGGGACAUUUCUCACGAUUUCCUGGAUAUCGUUCAAGAUGAUCCACAAAGUGACCCGUCGAUUGCAUUGAGUGAGCUCCUGCAGGGUGCAGUUCAGGUUGGUUCUGGAGAUCAGCUCGCAGCCAUUGAAGAGAUGAAGGCUUUGGCAUCAUCUGAUCCGGUGUCACAUGGACGCAGCGGUCUUGAUCCCAGACUGCGGAAAUCCCUGCAAACGUCGAUUUUGUCCUUUUGCGAGUCGAUUGUUGAGGCCAGCUUCAGUGAUUUCCAGGUGGCCCUGUUUGGUGAUGAGCGACAGAUCCACAACAGCUUGAAAGAAGCGGGAGUGAGUCUGUACACUUUGAAGCAGCUCAAGACUUGCUGGCCCAACACCAGUUUUGCUGUGGCUUUGUCUUCCAGAGAGGACUUGCAGAAGAUCGUUGCUCUGCAAUCUACCUAUAAACCUUUCCAGCACAUGGGUGUCCGCUUGCCUUCUGUCCUUUGGGUUUCCAAGUUCAGCCAGAAGGCUGUUGACAGAUGGAAAGAUCAUGUUCGCAGAGCCUGCAAAGAAAUCGAUGUGAUCGAGUACAAGGAAUCCUUUGGGCAAGAAGUGGCAAGUCUCUAUGAAGCUGGAAACAACUGUUUCUCAGCUGCUGGAGAAUCUGUAGAACUUCGCGUGCGUUUCUCCUUGGUCCUGUUUCCAGUCAGCUUUUCUGUGUCUGAGGGCAUGUCCGACAUGCUUCGAAAAGCGUUGCCUGAUGUGCAAUUGGAUUUGGACUCACUCAUGGUGCUGGAACACAAAGGUGGAGAAAGCGGCAGGGGUGGCAAGAUUGGAAUUGUGAGCGGAGAGGCCUUCAACGAGAUACACUUUGCCUUGAAGCAUCCAAGGAAGUUGAGGUUGGAGCGUGAUGAACGGAGUCCAACCUUCGUUUUGGCAGUGACCUUGAGCGAUUGGGUCUAUACCUUCGGGAGUCUCGAUGCUCUACACAAUCAGUGGGAGGCUGUCCAACAGGAGAUUUGCAUGUCUGCCAAGCGCCAGGCUCGAUAUGACAUUUUUCGUGUUUUUUUUGGGACAUGUGAUCCCUGUAUAUCCCUGUUGUCUUUGCGCCAGCCCAAGCCGCUGGAGGUUGAAGUACUUAGAAGCUUGGAAUGUGCGAACGAAGAACAUGACUUUUAUAGGAACGAUUGUGAGAGGUAG